AGGGGGUUUUCCGCCUCGUUGUAAACCAGUUUUCCCCGUGAGUCCGACUCUCUUAGUCACAUAGUUAUUCAGAUACAACUGGAGUAAACCACCAGAGCCCGUAUUACUUUGUUUAAGUAGACUUUUUGCAGUCGUAUCUCUGUUAGCCAAGAAUGCUAAGCGAAGCUAGCUAGCUGAAAAUAGACGUAUACGGAGCUCAGCCUAUAUAGACUUAACUAUAUAUUCCAUCGACCCAAAACGUCCAGAUAAACCUGUGUGAGUGGACUCUGGUGUGUCUCUUAAUUGAAAACGUCCGGAUGGUCUCCUGGUGUCCUACGAAGCUAAUCAAGUUAGCAUGCUAACAGGAAGUAGACGGACGCAAACUUUAGCAACACAGCGAAGGUCGGAGAGAGCAAACCGUUUUUAAGUUUAUGUCGUUGUGUUAACAUGUCUAAAGCACAAAUACUGAGAUCUUUAGUCAACCAGAGACUCACUGCAGCUGCUGAAGAGAUAUUUGAGCUGUUUGAAAGAACGAUAGCAGAGCACGAGGAGGAACUUUCUCGUUCUAAAGAGGAGAACGAGCGACAACGGAAACUCCUGGACGCUGUUUUCAUCCCUGAAGUCCGGAUACAAAGAGCAGACAUCCAGCAGCUGUUGGUGGUUAAAGAAGAGGUUCCCCCUGAGCAGCAGGAAUGGAGCUCCAGUCUGGACCAGGAGGACCCAGAGCCCCCACACAUUAAAGAGGAACAGGAGGAACUCUGGACCGGUCAGGAGGGAGAGCAGCUUCAAGGGCUGGAGGAGGCUGAUACCAAGUUCUCAUUCACUCCUGUCCCUGUGAAGAGUGAAGAUGAUGAUGAAGAAGAAGUUCAGUCCUCACAGCUUCAUCAAAGACAAACUGAGGAGAAUAGAGAGGCAGAGCAUUCGAAAACAGAAGCUGAUGGAGAGGACUAUGGAGGACCGGAACCACCCAGAGACUCAGAUCCAGAAAGUCCUUUAGAACCAGCUACUGAUGGGACUUCCUACUACUCUGAAUUUGAGACUGAUGACUAUAGAGAUUGGGAGGACACUCAGGAACCUCAAUCAAAUUUAAACCCUCUGCUAAACAAUGAAAUACCUGUAAGUGAUAUCGACUGUAAUACUGGAAACGCAUCAAUUGGCUCGUCUGAAUGUGCUGGAAGCUUUGGCAACAAGGGACAUCUGAAGAAACACACUCGAAUCCACACUGGGGGAAAAUUAUUUAGUUGUUCAGUCUGUGGUAAAAAAUUCACUUUUGAGCAAAAUCUGAAACGACACUCGAUUGUCCACACAGGGGAAAAACCAUUUAGUUGUUCAGUUUGUGGUAAAGGAUUCACACUAAGUCAACAUUUGAGACGACACUUGACUGUCCAUACAGGGGAGAAACCAUUUAGUUGUUCAGUUUGCGGUAAAAGAUUCACUCAAAAGGGGGAUCUAGGAAGACACUUAACUCUUCACACAGGGGAGAAACCAUUUAGUUGUUCAUAUUGUGGUAAAACAUUUGCACAAAAGGGAAACCUGACAAAACACACGACUGUCCACACAGGGGAGAAACAGUUCAGUUGUUCAGUUUGUGAUAGACGAUUCACUCAAAAGGGAAGUCUGACAAAACACAUGACUGUCCACACAGGGGAGAAACCAUUUAGUUGUUCAUAUUGUGGUAAGACAUUUGCACAAAAGGGAAACCUGACACAACACAUGACUGUCCACACAGGGGUGAAGACACUUAGUUGUGCAGUUUGCGCUAAAAGAUUCUCUCGUCUUUGUAAUUUCAAAAAUCACAAGUGUAUUGUUGAGGAAAUCAGUAAAUAAAUGAGACAUGGUUAAAACAAUUUUGUGCCAUAACUGAAGUAUGACUGAAUUGAAAAAAUGCCUUCGAGCCAAGCUAAGCAAGUUUAUAGCAAGAACAAACUGAAGAGUCUCUGUAUUAUGUAAAGGCUUUCAAAUUGCUCAUUGAGUUGCAAACUUUAUUGCCAUUU